AUCCCCAAACAGCACAUAGCAUACAAUAAAGAGACAUACAGACAAAAAACAGCAGAGCAAAUACACAAACUGAACAUAAGACAGAGAUAGAAAGAGAGCAAGAAUGUGGUCCUCCAUCCUCCUAGCAAGCACCCUCCUAAUCAACCUCUCCACCCCACAAUCCUUCGACCCCAACCAAGCCAAUCUCCAAACCUUCGAUCUCGCCCUCGUCGGCACCGAUCGCUCCACCAACAACGCCUCUUACCAUAAUCCCAUCAGUACCGUUAAUGCCGGUGAUCCGUUCGUCCUCCGCCAUGAGGAUUGGUACUUCUUGACAUACACCACCAAUGAUAAUAUCACGCUGAAGAGGUCCCGCUCUUUGACGGAUAAUUGGGACUUUGCGGAGUCUCAAGUGGUUUUUAAACCUGAUGCGUCGAGUGGGGAGCCUUGGUCGACUGAUGUGGUUAUGGGCCCCGAACUCCACCACAUCAGUCAGAAAUGGUACAUCAUCUUCACGGCAACCCCCGACAAAGACGCCCCACCGCCGCUGCAGGAUGCAAAAUGUCCGAUUAACUGCCCCGCGGUUAAUCACCGCAUGUUCGUGCUGGAGAGCUCGGGGCCCGACGCCUGGACCUCGACCUAUGCUCUACGGAGCACCCUCGACACCUUCGACCAGUUCGCCAUCGAUGGUACCUACUUCCAUCACGCGGACCAGAUCUACCACAUAUACAGCUGCUGGGAAGAUACCUACAGCGCGUGGCCCGCCAACCUGUGCAUCACGCGCAUGUCCGACCCGCUGACGAUCAACUCCACCCUGAGCGAGCGCGCUAUCAUCUCCGUCCCCGACGAGCCCUGGGAGCAGGUGCCCCGCGGUCGACCCGUGCGGCUUGCUACCAACGAGGGUCCCCAGCAGCUGGUGAAUCCCCACACCGGCCAGAACUUCGUCGUGUACUCCGCCGCCCGCGUCGACACUCCGUUCUACUGUCUGGGAUAUCUUGAGCUCGUCGGUGAUGACCCCAUGAUCCCCUGUAGUUGGCGCAAACACCGCGAGGGCUGUGUGUUCCAGCAGAACCCCGACGCGGGGGUCUAUGGCACGGGACACGCGAGUUUCACUGUUAGUCCGGAUGGGACGGAGCAUUAUGUGGUUUAUCAUGCACAGACGACGGACCAGCCGAAAUCAAACCUCUACCGCACUAUUCGGACGCAAAAGUUCACUUGGGGUGAGAACGGCGCGCCUACCUUCCCAGCCGCGUUGAAUGGGCCUUUUGAUGUUCCGCGGGGACAGAAUUAACGAAAUCUGCAUGGCGUGUAGUCGACGUUAGGUCGGGGCUUGUCCGGAGGUGACAUGAUACACAUAAUCAUUCUCAUAGUAUUAGCACAGUUCAUGAUGUCAGUAAGUUCAUAAUGCCAG